AUGAGUUCUGCAUAUCAUCCUCAAACGGAUGGUCAAUCAGAAAGAACAAUUCAGUCACUAGAAGAUCUGCUUCGGGAGUGUGUAUUGGACCAUUUGGGUGGUUGGAGUGAAGUACUUCCCUUAGCGGAAUUCACUUACAAUAACAGUUACCACUCAAGCAUUGGAAUGGCGCCUUACGAGGCAUUAUAUGGAAGAAGAUGCAGAACCCCACUAUGCAUUAGGAGAGCAAUCAAAUCCAGGAAAUUAACGUCGAAGUUCAUAGGACCAUAUCAGAUCAAUAGGAGAAUCAGGCCGGUAGCCUAUGAAAUCGCGUUGCCACCACAUCUAGCCAACCUGCACAAUGUAUUUCACGUGUCUCAGUUACGUAAAUACAUUGCGGAUCCUAGCCAUGUGUCAGAGACUGAUGAUGUCCAAUUCAGGGAUGAUCUGACAUUGGACGUGAGGCCGGUGAGGAUAAUGGACUCUCAAGUCAAGAAACUGAGAGGGAAGGAGAUCCAAACGUUAAAGGUCCUUUGGGAUGAGGCAACACAAGAAGCAACAUGGGAAAUGGAGGAACUCAUGAAGGAAUCAUAUCCAUACUUAUUUCCUGGUAAGUAA